AUGCGUCUGGUCGAUAAUCUGGUCUCGUGGUCGGGGUAUAUUCCCAUUUAUCCCCGUCCCAAGCGCGAGAUCUUCUAUUUGGGAACGAUUAAUCACAGAUGGGAACGAAGCGAGCCCAUUUGUGCCCGCCCCUCACACAUCGGACGGGAACCAAUGGUAAUACAUGGAUGUGGCGUUCCUCACAGGUACCUGUCAGAGUAUUCUAGAACAGGCCGUCUUCUAGGCGGUGAGACUAUCACCGCCCAUCAAUUCCCAUGGGUCGCUGCAGUGAACGUCGCCUCUCGAAGCAUAGGUGGUUCCCUGAUAUCUGAUAGGCAUGUUGUUACCGCCGCAUCGCCAUUGUACGGAAAAUCAUUCAACGAAGUCAGCGUGACUCUGGGAGUUCACGACCGCUGCGGUAAUGGCAGUGACCCGGUUCUGAACACCAGUGUGUCAGAUAUUAUCAUACAUCCCAGUUUUUCGCCGACGAAUCGGGAUAACGAUAUUGCCUUGCUGAGGCUAAGGCAUGUGGUGUCAUUUGGACGAUUUAUUUCACCGAUAUGCAUGCCUCAUUACGGAGCGCCGGAAUCCGGACAGGUGGCUUGGACAGUGGCAUGGUCUGGCACGGCUAACAAUGAGUCCUGUACACCAAGAGUCGCCACUCUUCCUAUUCUUCCUACAAGAUCCUGUUUGAAGGUCUCUGUGGACUCUAAUUUAGUGACCCCCGACAAAGGUUGCCUUGGACCUUUGGGUGUACGGAAUGUUAUUUGCGAGGCAGAUGUUGGGGCCCCUAUCAUGCAGCGACACCCCGGCUUCUCAUUCCGGCUGGCGGGCGUCGUUUCGUCGUCAUCGUGUGACCGCGUCGCCAGUCCGCUCUACACGAGGAUAAUAGACCACGCUGGCUGGAUAUAUCAGCAUACCCAUAGUGAUUGUCAAUGUCUUUAACUUUUUUGCAUGAAUACUAACAAAAAUCUAAAAUAUAUAUAUAUUGUACAUAGACCCAAGUGCAAGCAUUUUCGGGUGUAUAUACAAUGCAUAUAAUAUAUGUCCAGUUUUAAUAUAAAAAUGUUAAAUGACUUCGGGAAGUCAAGUAAUAAGUAAUAAAGUUAUAACGGGUAGCCUAGGUACCGUUUUGAAAAAAAAAAAGAAGUUUUAGGGUUUAAUUCAAUGUGUCACUUAUGUACCUUUGCGGAUGGAUGGCUUCUUAAUUUAAGUAAAUUAAUUAAGCGAAUUGUCUAGUUUUCAUUCAAUACUUUAUAAUUCAAUAUUAUAAAUAAGACCACAAGUAAGUACUUUUUGACUUUUUGUUUAUUUUACAUAUCAUCUACUUACUUACCUACCUA